AUGAACUUCUUUCGAAAGCUAUUAGAUAUACCAGAGGUCAAGUCGACUGAUGAGGUCAGAGAGAGGGAGGAGCUAGGCAUCACAGAUGAACUAGUACUUUAUGUAAAGAAUAUAUCUAAAUACCCCGAGUCAUUCAAAGACUUCCCAAUACAUACACUUUCAAAGACACCAUUCACUAUGAGCUCAUUACAACAGAGACAUGUAAAGAAGAUUAUAACUAUUGUUGAUACACUGGACACACUUAGAUUCCAACUGUGUCCUUCACUGAUGAAGGAUGAUAUGUUCUGGAGGAUAUACUUUUUACACAUAUCAAAGGUGGCAACUCAAGACUUUGAUGCUAUAUCAAAGAAGACACCACUCAGUCCAUUGGAUGAGCUGGAUAUGAAGUUGGAAGAGGCAGCAAGAGCACCAAAGGUGAUACAGUUUGAUCAGGGAAUAGAUGAUGAUGAGGAUAACUACUGGUCCGAGAACACAUACCUAUCACUCAGGAUCAAAGAGAUUGAAUCAAAGAUACAAGACAAAGAUAAUGAUGUGGCGAAAGUCCCCAUCAUUAUAGAUGACAAGAACAAGAAGAACAACAACAACAACAGCAACAACAUUAACAUCAAGAGUAACGCAGAAGAAAGCGAUAACAAACCUAUCAUCAUCCAAGGAAAUAGUGGCGACCUGUUACACACAGACAUACCAAGGAGUGAAAGAUAG